AUGGCGGAUCACUUCAGCAACAAAGUCAUCUUUCCAGGUCACCUGUUUGGUGCCAUAGCCCUCGCUGUCCUCUGUUUUGUUGGCCUUGCUACUUUCCCGGUUUGGCAUAACGAAGUGGAUGAGGGCACUGGCAGCGAGAUUGACAUCAAACCAUUUCCCAGCCGUCCUGUUGCAAGGGUCUGUCGGUUCGCAUCGGGUCUAGCAACAUUCCUUGCGCUGACCACAGCUUUGUGGCAACACAUCGCUGCUGCUGCUGCCGCCGCGUCGAUGGUCGAAGAGGCAACCGGAAAUGGUGUGUCUGGCCAUAUCGGUGCAGCUGCCACUGCACUAGCGUGGCUAGGCUUCGGAUUUUCCGGCCUUGCGACAAUCGGCAUAGCAGUCAUGAUAUAUUCGAUCAGUGUCCUUAAUCGUUUGACGGAUGACUAG